AUGAAUGUGAAAAAUGCAGUGAAUGAGAAUAGUAGUGUGUCAAUAAAUUCAGAGGAUGCGACAAAUGUGAAAAAUGCAGUGGAUGAGAAUAAUGAUAUGUUAGUAAAUUCAGAGGACUCGGCAAAUGUAGCAAAUUCAGAAGGUGCUACGAAUUUGAAAAAUGCAGUGAAUGAGAAUAAUAAUGUGUUAGUGAAUUCAGAAGAUGCGGCAAAUGUGAAAAAUGCAGUGAAUGAGAAUAAUGAUGUGUCAGUAAAUUUGGAGGAUGUGACGAAUGUGAAAAAUGCAGUGAAUGAGAAUAACGAUGUGUUAGUAAAUUCAAAGGACGUGACGAAUGUGAAAAAUACGGUGAAUGAGAAUAAUGAUGUAGAAGAACAAUUUUUAUGUGCCCUAAGAGAAGACCCUUUCGUUGUAGGUAAUAUAAAAGACUUAGAAGAUGAAGAUUUAAAAAAAUUUAUAGCAAGUUUGCAAGACGCAAAGAAACAAAGAACUUUUAUUGUACUUACUGCAAACGCUAUAAGGAAGCCUUUUUUUUUUGUAUUGGAGUUUAUUUCUGCCUUCCUAGGACGAGUUGUUUUUUAUGUGGGUAUGAUUCUAGUUCUCGCAGCAAUUAUUCCUUCAUGUAUUUUGUUGUUUUUACUUUUGUGCAUGCUUUCAAGCGCUCUUAUAUGUAUUGCUAGUGUGGCUAUUGCUAUUCCAACUUCUAUAAUUUGGGUUCUUUCUCCAAUCUUAAAACGUACAGGUGCUUACAAGAAUAUUUUGAAGGGAGUUUUUCAUAUGAGUGAAGAUCAAGCGGAAAAUUGGAAUAAGUGGGCUGUUGCUGAGUGUUUUGCUGAAUUUAAAAAUACGUGUAGACAGAAGAGUGAUGAGAAUGAUGACGAAUUUAGAAAAGAAGUUAAUAAAUGUAUUGAGGAUUUUAUACAUAAAGCCAUAAUGUACACAGAAGUGAUUGAGUGGAUUCAAAAUGAAGAAAAUGAAAAAAAUGAAAAAGAGCUGGUGAUCGAUAGACCGAUUGGUGAGGGUGGAUUUGGCAAAGUAUAUUUAGCAGAAUGGCAGAAAGGUAUACGCUUUUUAGAAACAACGGAAGAUGGUUAUAAACAAUCACGUAAAAAAGAUUAUGUUGCACUCAAAACACUCAAAACACUCAAAACUUCGUCCGAUCGUAAAAAUUUUUUGAAAGAA